UAUUUGCACAACAAUCACUCGAUCACGACAACCCAAAUUAAGCCUCGACGAACUCGUACACAACGACAACGACCGGCCCUACCCUUGUGUGCGGGUGAACCAAUUCUGAUUUCCAAGGUAAACCGGCACCACCUCUUCCUCCUCGAAUGUCGCCCUCUUGAUUUCGACCCCGCCUGCAGUCUUGCAGUCUCGAAGCAAAACGCUGUAGGCAGGCAGCCAGCUCCGGGCCGUCCAUAACGAAGAUGGCUACCAAAUCGCGAGCAGCAAACGCUGCUCACACCGCUGGGAUCUUCGCAGACAUGACCCUUGACGGACCUGAGAUUGGGACUUUGGUAGCAGUCGUCGACCGAGCCAAGAACCUUCCCAACCGCAAGACGAUGGGUAAACAAGACCCUUACUGUGCCAUGAGACUAGGAAAAGAAGCCAAGAAGACAGACACAGACAAAAGAGGAGGACAGACACCGAGAUGGGAUCAAGAACUCCGCUUCAAUGUACACGACUCUCCAGACUAUUACAAACUCAAGUGUUCGAUCUUCAACGACGAUAAAAAGACCGACCUCAUUGGCGAAGCCUGGAUCAACCUCGAGCGAGUCAUCGUGCCUGGGGGUGGGAAGAAUGACCUUUGGCAUCAACUGAACUUCAAAGGGAAAUAUGCGGGCGACAUCAGAGUAGAGUUAACAUACUAUGACACAAGGCCGAAACCAGAGGUAUCUCCGGAAAGGAAGAAACAGAGAGAGAAGUCUCACUCUCUCGCCAGUGACAUUCCCAGCAACUCUUCGGGCUCGCGACAACUAGGCCCACGGGAGAUCAAGAGAAGACCACUGCCGCCUGGUCCAGGCGGCUACUCAUCGCCAGUCGAAAGGCUGCCUGCGGACGAGCCUCUUGAUCCUUGGAACGGUCAAAACUAUACCAACAGCAAUCCGCCGCCCCGGCCGCCGAAGCAACUGAUGCCAGAAACGCCUGACGAUGUAGGCUUCGGUUUACCAUCCCAGUAUUCUCCGGAUCCAUAUGCACUGCCACAACCAGAUCCAUAUGACAUACCACCACCGCCAUUGCAUCACCCACAAGAGCAGCGACGGCCCUCAAACGAUCCUUAUAAUGAUAAUCAACGACAAUCGCCGCUACGGGAGAGUCCUGGCUACGAUGAUCGCAGAACAGCAACUUUACCGCCGACAACCCAGUUGCAGCCGUAUGUCACUGAUGAGUUCCCUCAAGUAGAGGCCGGACAGUUGCCCAGCCCUCAGUCACCAUACAGCCCGUCAGCUCAAUCGCCAUAUUACUCUCCCCCUUCCAGCAGAACAACUCCCCAAGCAACUCCAACCCGGCCUGUGCAGAGCCAAGGCUGGCAGGGCAGGGGAAGUACAUCUCCCACUAAGCAUGCUGUGUAUCGUGAUAGUCCCUUGCGACAAUCUAUCAGCCAGCAUGAUAUGCCUCGAUCAGAAAAUAGACACUUCGAUCCACAAUUUGACGAGGAGGACGCCCCCCCGCCGCCACCACCAGCACAUCGUGGUCAUAUAUCCAAAUCGUCCGUGACAACGGCCUAUCCAGCACCCACUGGACAGGCCUUGCCACGGACUCCAAACAGAUAUGAUUCUGUAGAAGAAAGAAGCCCUCUCCAGAGGCUGGAACAGCAGUAUGAUCCUUACAGCUCACCUUCCGCAGCAGAUCCUUCUCGCCAGCCACCUGCCGACCUAGUAUAUGGCAGAGCCAUCGAAGAUGACCACGACCAACCUCGAGCUCCCAUACAACAACGAACCCCCGAAAGAUACGAUGCGUAUGUCCCAUCUCCGAAUGCAAGAGGAUCGCCGUACAAUGAAAGCACGGGUCAUCGGCGCCCCAUUUCAUCAGGCAACAAGCUGCCAGCCUUCGAGGAAUAUCAAGGUCGCAGUCCAGUAGACCAAAGGUAUGGUGGACUGCCACAGGACUCGUUCCGGCGUUCUACUGGUUACGAUCAUCCACGAAGAGCACAAACCUUUGACGACUAUGGUCAUUUCGAUGAUCGGCAUCGUAUGUCGGAACCCCCUGUGUCACGUCCAAGGGCCGUUAGUCCGAACCCUCCUCGUAAUAUCCCGCGCAAAUCAAUCACACCCACACCUUCCACGCCGGAGGACCGGAGAAAAAUGAGUGGAAUACCUUAUGGGCCUGAUGCAUAUGAUGUGCUAAAUCCCGGCACGAGUCCUACGGUCGGCGAUGAUUCCUACAGUUCAUCCCAUGAAGCAGCAAGACAGAGGGAAGUGGAAAAAAUGAGAGAUCAAGGUCCCAUCAUCGGAAACGAUGGCCGAGUCAUUGACCCUUCCGAUCAUCUUCCCGCCGAUACUUGGGCCCCCGAGCCGGAGAGGAAGAACAGGAAACCAGAACAUGUCAUCAGAAUCCGAACGAGAGAAGAGGCACGCAUUCAACAGAAUACAGGUUCAUCCCCCGCGUCAAUGAGACCUCAUUCAAUCGCAACGUCACCACACCAACCAUCGCCCGGGGCUCCAGCUUCUUCCCCAUACCAACCUUCACCUACAUCAACAUCAAUGGAGCCUGCGCCCCGAGGAGAGCCAGGAAGUGCACGAAAUAGAUUGAAGAAAUCCAUGCCUACUCGGCCGUUGCCAGCACAGCCGUACCCUCAUGCACAGACUAGCCCGGCCGUAAUGACUACAUCUCCUGAUGCAAGACCAAGCCCACCAAGUCAACGACAUUCAGCCCAUUCUUCCCCCAUCCGUCCCCCACAGCGGCCACCAUUGUCUGAGUACCAGGCUCCUGCUAUGUAUGACCACGGUUCACGUGGUGGACCCAAUUCCCACGACUAUCCCCCAACACCAACGAAGCCUCCUCAUCACAGACCAAGCAAUUCCAUGGACUAUGGCGGGUAUGGUGAUGAUAAUUCGCUUGCACUGGAGUUAAGCACGAUCGAUAUUGGACCUUCAAGGACAGGCAGGACCUCCUUGAGACCAGUCCGUGGCUAUGGUGCAUAUUGAGGCGCCUUUGACGAUUCUUCUCCAGGUUAUUCUCCCUAUGUACACGGAUCUUCAGGAUCUUCAGGAUCUGGCGUUGGCUUUUAGUCCUGUUACCUGGCGCAUCUGACCAAGGAAAAAAAUUGUAGUAUAAUAUUCGAAUCGCACAUAGAUCAAACUGGCCGCAAACUGGCGCAGAGAUGAAUGUAAAUGGUUUUGCAUUUUGCUGGUCCAAGAG